AUGUCAUCAACCGAAGACCCCGUCCCGGUUGCCGUUGACGCGGAUGUCGAAAUCGCACCCCCGGCUACUCCGGUAGAUUCGACGGUGCUUUCGGGCAGCGAAGAUGCCAGCAAGUCCAGCCCCGAGGCAUCCAAGGAAAACGCCCCAGUGUCUCCGGCCAAAACUGCCACUAGCACCACUUCCGCAUCCAAGCGUCCAGUGUCGAGCUCGACGACCGCGAAACGGCCCACUUCCUCCUCAACGGCCACGUCAAAGACCGCGACCUCGACCACGCGCGGCACAACUUCUUCUACUAGCUCGCUAAGCAAGCCUCCGACUCGCCCAACGGCAACUUCCGCCACUCGGAAGCCUUUGAGCACAUCUACAUCCUCAUCUCAUCGGUCCCGGCCGUCCAUCAGCAGCUCUGCGGAUGAGAAGCCUCAGUCGAUUGCGAGCUCCGGCGACGAAAAGCGUGGGAUCUCGAGCACCGCUAAGCGCAUGUCUAUGGCGGGCACAGCUUCCACUCGCGCCCCUUUGAAAACGUCCUCAACGCUAGACCGCAGAUCGAGCGUCGCUGGCUCAAGUUUGGAGAAGAAGCCGGCUACUAGCACCACCGCAUCCCGUACCGCUACUUCCACUGGCAAACCUGUUGGUCGUCUCACCUCUGCGACUGCGCCCGCCAGUAGGACUGCUACAUCGACUACUGCGACGCGGACUGCGACUCGGCCCUCGACGGCGUCUACUACUACUACUCGACCAACCACUUCAUCGGCGACGGAUCCUAAGAAGCGGUUGAGUACUCUGUCCAGCGCAACCAGACCUGCUGGUGACUCUGAGAAGUUACAGGCUCUCCAGUCCAAGCUUACGGAGAGUGAGGAGACCGUUACCAGCCUCAAGGCCGAGCUCGAAGCCGUCAACGAGAAGCUGAGCAAGCUAUCUGUCUCGGGAGAGGAUGGCGCCAAGAAUGGUGAGGCUACCGAGUCCGCCCGUGCGGAGCAUGCGGCAGAGCUUGAGAAGCUGACUUCUGCCCAUGCGGAUGAGCUUCAAUCCCUACAGGUGCGCCUGGAGGAGGCGGAGUCCCAACGGAAGGAGCUUGAAGAAAAGUCCCAGAGGGAAUUGGAGGAGGCCAAGCAGUCUGCUUCUGCCUCGGGCGAUAACGAGAUGGCUAUCGCUCUUGAAGAACUCAAGGGUACCCAUAAGGCUCAGUUGGAUGCCAUCCAGAAGGAGCUCGCAGAUUACAAGGUUGCGGCUACGGCAUUCGAGGAACAGAUCAACAACCUGAAGUCCGAACUCGAGUCGCAGAAGGCCGGCCAAGAAGAGGAGAAGGCGCUGGCUCUCGAUAGCCUUGAGCGCGAGCUGAAGGGCCGCGAUCAAGUGAUCGAUAAUCUCAACAACGAAUUCCAAAAGAUGAGCACUUCCAAGGAUCAAGAGAUCAACGCCGCCAAGGAAUCUGCCAAUACCUCCAUUUCUGGGUUACAGAUGCAAAUUACUUCGCUGGAAGCCAAGCUUGCCGAGGCCGAGUCUGCUAGUAAGCAGUCGGAGCAGACUACAAGCUCGCUGACCGAGAAGGAGAAGGAGAUUAGCGAUCUCAAGCAGACCCUUGAGAGGCUCCAGGGCGAACUCCAGGAGGCCCGGGAUGGCGCUACUAAUGACCUUAGCUCUAAGGUGAAGGAUCUGGAGGCUUCACACGAAGCCGCAGUUGCGAACCUGAAGGCAGAGCAUGACAGCGCAUUGAGCUCUCUUUCCGCAUCUCACGCCAAGGAGCUUGCUCUCGCCAAGGCUGCCGCCGAGUCGACUGGCACCGAGCACUCCCAGCAGCUCCAGGAGCUUCGCGAGUCGUUGGAUUCUGCCAAGUCCGCCACCCAGGGCGAGCACGAACGUGCUAUUUCGGAACUGAAGGCUGCGCACGAGGCUGAGCUUAAGUCUGUCCAAGAGAAGUUCGAGGCAUCCGAGAAGGCUCUUGCUGAUUAUCGCACCGCACUCGAGGAGGGCAAGGCUUCUGCUCAGGAGGAUGCUAUUAGGGAAAUUGAUGCUCUUCGCCACAAGGUCGAAUCCCUGGAAACCCUGCUGUCGACCGGAUCGGGUGAGAUCAAGGCUCUGCAGCACGAAGUUCAGGCUAAACAAGCCGAGGCUGAGCAGUUGUACAGCAGUUUGAAGGAUGUUGAGAGCCAGUUCAAGUCGAAGGAUGCCCAACAAGAUAGCAAGCUGAAGGAGCAGGAUAGCAAGAUGAAGGCGUUGGAAGACAAGGCCGCUGAAGCUACUCGACUCCUGGACGAGCAGACCGCGCAAGCUACUGUUGUUUCGGAGAAGCAUGCCCAGGAACUGCAGGCCCUGAAGGCCGACCAUGCUACUGAACUUGAGCGCGUCAAGCAGGAGGCUUCUGGUUCCAACCAGGGUGCUCUGGGUGAGCUUCAGCAGAAGCACGACGAUCUGGUUUCCAAGAUCAAGGAGCUCGAGUCUACCCACGCCACUCGAGUUCAGUCGCUUGAGGCCGAGUUGAAGUCGACUUUGGAACGCCAUGCUGGGGAGGUUGCCACUCACACUGAAUCGCGUGAGAAGCAGACCUCUGAGUUGCAAAAGCAUUUCGGUGAGACAGAGGCCAAGUUGCAAGCUGAAAUCGAGGCACUGCGGGCUUCGAGCAAGACCGAGCAGGAAUCUCACGCCAAGCAACUUGUUGAGCUCCAGAAGGGCUUCGAGCAGACCAAGACCAAGCUGCAGAAUGAGCUUCAGGCUAUCCAGACCUCCAAGGCAGCUGACGCUGAUGCCGAACACGGAAAGGCUAUCGAGGAGCUCCUUACCCUCCAGGAGGCCAAGGUGGCUGGGGUGAAAGACCAACUUGAGGCAUCGCACAAUGCCAAGAUCGAUGAACUCACGAAGGCUCACCAAGCUGCUCUAGCUAAUGUCAACGAACAGCUUUCUCAGGCCAAGGCGGCUAAUCUGGAUACGUCUGUACUCGAUGGCUUGAAGGCUACCAUUGCAGAGCUCGAGCAAAAGCUCACCGCUUCGGAGAAGACACAUGCUACGGCUCAAGAAACGGCUGUUUCUGCUUCGCGUGAGCUCCAGGAAAAGCACGCUGCCGAGAUUUCCAGGAUUCAGGCUGCCCACAUCGAGCUCGGCAAGAAGCAUGAUGCCGCCAUCACCCAGGUCGAAGAGCUGCAGAAAUCCGCUGCGACCUCGAGUAGCAGCAAAUCGGAGUUGGACUCUGCCUUGAAGCAGCUUUCUCAAUACCGCGAAGAGUAUGAGGCACUGAAGACGAAGCACACCAAUUCUAGCGAAGAGCUGGAAGAAUAUCGGGCCAACGCCAAGGCCAUGGAAGAGAAACUCGCCGCCGGUGAACGUGACCUUGGUGAGCAAAUUGACAAGAACAUGCAACUGCUCAACCAACUGGGCGACGUCGACGCAGCAAUUUCCGGCAGCCGUCGCCGGGUCCGUGAGCUCGAGGCCGAACUGGCUGCAUUGAAGGCUUCCAACGACAAGAGCUCCUCGUCUGGGCUAGCAGCCAGCAAAUGGGCGUCGGCAGAAGAGGGUGACGAAACUGCUGAAGGGGGAGGUCCAGCCGCAGAAGGUGAGGACCUUGACCUUGGUUCAUCGAUUGAGGGAACGAUGGCAAGCAUUCAGGAACAGAUUAAGCACAUCCGCUCUUCGAAUGACGAGUGGUACGAUGAGCACCGAAAACUCAUCGGCGAAUUGGCCCAACUUUCCCGCCGAGCGACCCCAGACUCCCGAAGCCUCUCAUCUACUCCUCGCCAUGAGCUCACAUCCGCCCCCGAAUCGGAAAAUGGUCGUCAGCUAGAGGUUCCCUCUGCACGGUAA